CCCACCUGCUUCGCCUUUCGAUUGCCUUGGGCGCCUCCAUCCUCUUUGCACCGACAAUGCGGCUUUCUCACAAUCAAGAAGCACGUUGACCCCUGCUCGGUCCUUCAACAGUCAUCACCCUCACACUCACACCCACACCCACACCCACACCCACACCCACACCCACAUUGACACUUGCGUCUCCGCUCAAUCGACAAAGAUCAUUGUCAGCCUGCUCCUUGCUGAUGAGCCCUUCCGGCGAUGACGGCUCUUCACCAUCGCAACCGCGGCCUGCCUUUCCUCCAUCGGAAUUGGCUCAAGGCCACCAACUACUGGAGCUCAAAUAUGGGCAACAAGCUGUCUUCACCGUCGUCGGGCGACCCGAGCAACCCGAGCGACAAGCUCGCCGAGGCUGACCAUCAGUCACGGCGAGCCUCUAAGCGCCGCCGCAUCGACAGCGAGUACGACGGCUUCCCGCUGUUUGAGAACUACGGGGACACCCAGCGCGCACUCCGUGUCGAGGUUCUCAAAAUCAGCCACAAAGACGCGCCCCGAGUGAAGAACGGCAUCCUGAACGGCGUCGUCCCGCCCAACGUCAGGGAUGUCGUCCAGAUCAAGGCGCGGUGCAAGUUGACCGUAAGCGGUCGCAAAGGCGGCGAGCUGGUCGUCCUGCACGUCGACAGUCAGCUUUGCGACAUACGCGUCUUCAAGAACCCCGCCGGCCCCUCCCCCAUGGCGCGCUUCUCCUCCAUCAGGCCGUUUCACAUCCCCGAGGAGAAGAUCUUCCUCGAGCGCGACGACGAUGCUGUCUUCGGCCUGGCCGAUUGUUACUCGGUGCUUGUCGAGCUCGAAUCCGCCGGCGAUGCCAACUGGCCUCCGACCGACCUUGUCCCCAUUAGCGAUGAGGACACCUUCUAUAACCGAGGCCUCCCCUCCCGCCAGUGGGUGCUCACGGCCUACAUCGCCGACGUCUUCAGCAGCCGCAACCGAAAGUCGGCCCGCCUGAGGGUGAAGAAGCAGCCUCACAGCGAUGCCGCCACCAACUUCCUCAUGGACAUGGACGUCCGCUGGCUGACGUCCAUCUCCAGCCAGCGGAAGUCGAGGGAGCACUCUAAAGACAUCCUGCCGUCCAUCUCGGUAGUUGAUCCGCAUGAGCACACGGUUCCCUCCGCUGACGGCAAUCUCAAGCGCGCUGCUGCGGUCGACGGUGUGAACGGUGUCAACGGCACGAAUGGGCAUCGCCACCAGUUCCAGGUGAACGGCGAGCUAGAGACUGCGGUGAACGGGCAGGCAAAUGGUUCGGCCCUUGAAACAGCCGAGGAGCUCGCCGAGGGUGAACUUACUCCCGGGCGAUCUCGACGGGCAAGGCAGGACAUUAACUACAACGUCAAGCAGAUGUGGAACAACGCGGUCGGGAAGGAGACGAGGAAGCGGCGGAAGCUCGGUGACGAGCAGAACCAGCUCGACGAGCACACAAUCACGUAUCUGCUCCCGCCAGAGCAGGUCCAGACGGACAAGUUCGCGUGUCUGCUGUGUGGUGCUGAAAACGACCGACUCGCUCAGCUGCGUGCCCACUAUCUGAGCCACCCGCAGUAUGAUUUCCACUUUGAGUUCAGGCCCAAAGCAGGCUUCUGCGUCACUGUAAAGCCGAAUGCCCGCAGCCACGGCUCUCCCCUGAGGCCAAAGGUUUAUCAGCUCGGCCUGCCAGUGAAGCCUCUCGACUUGGAGAAGUACGUAGACGGAGAUGACUCCUGGGUCAUCUCCCGCCUCGGUCCCGAUGAUGGGCGCGAAGUUUUCCAGGAGACGACGACUACACCAGCAACACGGAUCAAACUCACCGCAAAGCGUGCCCGCAAGAAGGUGCUUGUUCCCAAAACCAACCAGCCCCUAUUUGACCCCCUGAGCAAGGUCCAACUCCAGCCGGGCACCCCGGUUCCCCAGCACGCCAUCGACGACUCAUGGCUCCUGCUCAAGCAUCGCGACAACCUGCAAGACUUCAUUGACUUGGAAGCCCAAGAAAAGGAGUACAUGCAGGAGUGGGACGCGUUCAUUCUCCGCAAGCACAUCUCGUCGACCCAGUACCUGCCCCGCAACUUCCUCCGCUUUGUGCGGGAGAAAGCCUCGUGGAUCGUGGCCAAGCAGUCCCGGGCCGUCGAGUUCAGCUACCACGUGGCGACGCUGCUGGCCCGCAGGGUGCUGCCCGACGCCGCCAUCUUCGAAGCGACCCAGAUCCUGAACGACGCGAGGAGUCGCCUGGCAGCCGCCGACGGUCAGACAGAGCAGCAGGAGCCGGCCCAACAACAACCCCCUAGAAACAAAGCUUCCGGGGGCUGCUGCGCUGCGUGUGGCGAGCCGGUGCCCGCUGCCGCCCUGCUGCGAUGCGCGAACAAGGAAUGCAAGAACCGUCUGUACCAUGACGUUUGCGUGGAGAAUACCAAGGAGGCGGUGGCGAUGGGGAGGCACUGGAAGUGCAAGGCGUGCUCGUGAGGACACUGCCAAAGGGCGGCGAACAACAGGACACAGGCAGCAAAUGCUGACAGAGGGCGAAGCGGGUUUGGUGGCUCGGGCUUUCUUAGCAUGAGGGGGAGAGGGAGGAAUCUCGAUAUACUGCACUGCUACCGCCGAUCCAAGGUCAGGAAAUCGGAUUUAAUACUCAUCACUUCCGCGUCUGCUUGGCCCUGAGGAGCCGCGCGUAGGAAGCAGGUGUAAUAUUAGAUGAUGAGGUAGGCCUUGAUAGAAGAGGGGAGGGACGGACGACCACGGCGUUUUGCGUCAUCCGUCGGGGGGUUGGUAGUAUCGUAACGAUCGUUAGCAUGUCUGAAUAGUGCUACAAAACCGCUUUUCUACAACUUGGGUCAGCCUGUUUUCACACCUACGGUGUCCACCUAUAUCAUCCAUCAUUAUCUGCUCAGAUCCGCCGAGAGAGAAUGGUCAGCC